GGCGUGAGAACGAAAAAAAAGAAAAAAAUGCACACGGACGAAGUCCUUCUCGAAGAGAUGCGAUGUAGCUGUAACAACUUGAUCCACUUACCUCUUCGCUCUCUGCAAUUAUGCACCGUAAUGGACAUCUCUGGAUGCUCUUCCUGACGUAACGCCGAACUCGUAAUUGGAACGCCAUGAAAACGCUCGCGGCCAUCGUUGCUACGCGAACAAAUUAAUUUAUCGUUUUGCGAUGUUACAGUUAACAGCGCUCCGGCGAAAUAAUGGCGAACGAUGAAGGCGAGUAGUAAGGAAGCCGUUACACGAGCAAGUCCGUUGGACGGGGAUAUAAUAGAAACGGGGUGAAGGAGGAAAAUUGGAGACGAAUGUUAGACGAGAGGAAAAGGUUAGAGUAGGUGCAGUAGGUUAAACUGAAGAAAAGGCGGCACUGCGAUCGCGCGCGAGAGACAGAGAAACGGGAAGUGGAAGAGAUAUAAAAGUAGAAAAAGAUACUUACGAAAGGAUGAGAAUAGAAAGGUGAAACAGCGCGAGAAAAAACCGACGAAAAAAAUACAAGAGAAAAGGGACGAACGCGCGACGAAAAGAACCAGAGAGAGCAGAAAACAACGGUUGAAACGAAUAGACGCGAGAGGAAUGAGGAAACUUGGCACACGGAAGAGGGCACGCGAGAGGGAGAAAACGAACGGGCGCGCGAAAUAACGGGAACGCGAAGGACAGGAGAGAGAAAGGAAUGCGGGAAAAGGAGAGAGACAGAGAAAGUGGCGCGGACAUACGGCGUACGGAUGCGAAAGGUGGCAGAUGAGGGGAGAAAGCGAGAGAGAAAGAGCGAGAAAGGUGAGGUGCGAGAAAGAGAAGGGAAAGGGAGGGAACGGACGGAGCGACAAGGUUGAACAGAGAGCGGAGGGAGAUUGAGCGAGACCGCGCGUGCGGGGCAGACAAGGACAUCGCAUGCGGCGCAUGCGCGCCACAUGGGUGUAUCUUCGCUCGCGGUCUCCCUUGCGCACCCCACCCCUACUUCGCUACGCCGCUACUCUCCCCUACACCGCUAGACUCAGUUACCGGGCCGAUUCGCCAGCGUUGAGGUGUCGCGCUUUUUCGCUCCGCGACGUACUUUGGCCGUUGCCAAAUUUCGAGAUAUAUCGUUUCUUCGCGAGAACAACGCAUCUCGUCGCGCUGUGCGACGCGCGCGUGCCGUGUGUUGUUCCGAUUCUCCAAGAGCGAGAGAGACAGAGAGACAGAUUCGGCAAGGGGGUGAAAGAGAGAGAGAGAGAGAGAGAGAGGGGGGAAGAGACGUGUGCGCGAGAGUGCCCCAGUUUCGGCGCGGUCACAUGUGGACGUCGAGCGGCGCAACGCUGCGGGGGAGCAACGCGUUGAAGUUGGCGCCGGGUCGUUCUCUCCGAGCCGGUGGUAUCGUGGAUUCGUUCCGGGAUUCGUGAAACGCAAGUGAGAAGUCAAGUGAACUCUCUUCGUGUGUGCGUGUGUGUUGUGUGGGGUGCGUGCGUGGUUAGCGUGAUUACGUGCGUUCGGGGUGGGCGGAAUAUCGUCCACGAUCUUGCGCUCGCAAGAACUAGAGCUCGCCGAGAAACAUGAAGUUGUCGCGCGUUGUGAUCGACUUGAUCGGAGACGAGACGAAGCCGGCGUCGCGCGACCGAUGACGGUCGAGUGGUCCCGAUUCUUCCCGAAACGCCGUGUCUCGAUCUCAUUCUCGGGCGCGAUAAAAAAGGGAAAUAACGGUCGGUUUCCGGGAAUCGCGUUCGGUUGACUCUUGUUUACGCGCGCGGUCAUGUUUACGUGACGGGGCGCGUAAGGAAUCCGAGGUGCGCGAGGAGAACUGCGCGAUUCGAACGCGUGCGACUUGUGAGUGUGUGUGUGUGUGUGUGUGUGUGUGUGUCGUCAGUCGCCGUUGUGUGCAGAUGAAAGGCGCGCGCGAGCGGCGGCAGAUUCGAAGAACUGCGUCUCUGCAGCUCGUGCUCUGCACCCGCUUUCGUUAGCUCGUGCGAUUAAUUCGAUUAACCCGUCGCAUUGCCGUAAGAGAGUGUACGAACGAACGACUGCACGAAACUAGACUCGACGGCAAGAUAGACGGGACGAACGACGAACUUCAAGCGGCAGCAGUCUCGUAGUUGGAAUCAGGACAGCAUCCUGGGACGCGGGAACGCGCGACAUCGAUCGAAUAUGCUGCCUACAAUUGAACGUUGCUGGUUUGUUGGGAUAAGAAUGUUCCUGCGUCGUCGCAAGUGCGCAGUGUGACGAUCAUCAGGUUACAUGCGAUGGAACGAUUGUUUUAAAGAAGAACGUGCAGCUGUCACAGUGCAAGCGCGAGGGAUCGUGUAUCACACGUCAUCAUCGAAAGGGAAGUCGACGAUAAUGGUGUAUCUAAGUGCUAACAGAAUGGAUACGUCAAGAAAUCGAAUUAGAAGAAUGAUCGGCUUGCUGUGGUUCUGCUUCUUUUUCGCGGGAGUCCUGGCUGAAGGUACCUUGGAAAAACUACAUGAAGAACACGUGCGGGAAUUCAGCUGCGGCAUGCUGUACUACAGGACGCUCUACCUGGACAGUAAGAGGGAUGCCCUAUACGUCGGAGCUAUGGACAAGAUCUUCAGGCUAAAUCUGAGUAACAUCAGUCAUUCCAAUUGCGAGAGAGACGCUCUGAAUCUGGAACCGAGCAAUGUGGCAAAUUGCGUGUCCAAAGGCAAAUCAGAGCAUUUCGACUGCCGAAAUCAUAUAAGAGUGAUACAGCCGAUGGGAGACGGCAAUCGCCUUUACAUGUGCGGUACGAACGCACAUUCACCUAAGGAUUGGGUGAUUUAUAGCAAUCUGACUCACUUACCGCGCCACGAGUUUGUCCCGGGAGUAGGAAUGGGUAUCGCGAAGUGCCCUUAUGACCCUGCGGACAAUUCGACGGCAGUCUGGGUCGAGAAGGGCAAUCCCGGAGACCUGCCAGCUCUUUAUUCCGGCACGAACGCCGAGUUCACCAAAGCCGAUACCGUAAUCUUCCGCACGGAUCUCUACAAUCUGACUACCGGUCGUAAGACGUAUAGCUUCAAGAGGACACUCAAGUACGACUCCAAAUGGCUCGAUAAACCGAACUUUGUGGGUUCGUUCGACAUUGGCAGCCAUGUGUUCUUCUUUUUCCGCGAGACCGCGGUCGAAUACAUAAACUGCGGUAAAAGUGUGUAUUCCCGCGUGGCGAGAGUUUGCAAGAGGGACACUGGCGGUAAAAAUAUACUCUCGCAGAAUUGGGCCACAUACCUCAAGGCCAGAUUGAAUUGCUCGAUACCCGGCGAGUUCCCGUUUUAUUUCAACGAAAUACAGAGCAUUUAUAAGGUGCCGGGUGACGAUACGCAUUUCUAUGGUACCUUUACCACAUCGACGAACGGAUUAAUGGGUUCUGCGAUAUGUUCCUUCCACAUUGACGCCAUCCAAGAAGCUUUCCGCGGAAAAUUCAAAGAACAAGCAACUAGCAGUAGCGCGUGGCUACCAGUCUUGUCCAACAAGGUUCCGGAACCGCGUCCGGGCCAAUGUGUCAACGACACAGAGACGUUGCCGGACACCGUCCUGAAUUUCAUAAGGUCCCAUCCACUGAUGGACUCCGCGAUUUCGCACGAGAACGAGAAACCGGUCUUCUACAAGCGGGACGUCAUGCUCACGCGAUUGGUCGUCGAUAAGUUGCGCAUCGACUUCGUGGGCAUCGAUUUGGAUUAUACUGUCUACUACGCCGGCUCUAGUGAUGGCCGCGUUCACAAGGUUGUACAAUGGAUCGACAGCAAUGGCGAAUCCCAGUCGAUCUUGCUGGAUGUUUUCGAUGUCACGCCUGGCGAGCCGAUACAGGCGAUGGAGAUCUCGAAAGAACAUAAGGCUCUCUACGUGGCAUCGGAUCAUCGGAUAAAGCAGAUCGAUCUGGUAAUGUGCACUCGACGAUACGACAACUGCCUGCGAUGCGUCCACGAUCCUUACUGUGGAUGGGAUAAGGACUCAAACACGUGUAAACCUUACGAACCAGGUCUUCUUCAAGACGUAUCGAACACCACGGCAGACGUUUGCGACAGCAGCGUCGGCAAACGGAAACUGGUUGUCACGUGGGGCCAGUCGGUGCAUCUGGGUUGCUUCGUGAAAAUGCCGGAGGUCCUGGCGAACCAAGAGGUGCGGUGGUACCAUUACAGCAAAGAGAAGGGAAGGUAUCAGAUCGCGUACAAGUAUGGCGCCGGCGGCGACAAAUUCAUCGAGACCUCGGAGAAGGGUCUGGUAAUCGUCGGCGUGAACGAGCAGGACGCCGGCAGAUACGACUGUUGGCUCGGCGGUGCUCUCCUGUGUUCGUACAACAUUACUGUGGACGCGCACAGAUGUUCGGCGCCUGCCAAGUCCAACGACUACCAGAAGAUUUAUUCCGACUGGUGUCACGAGUUCGAGAAGUACAAGUCGGCGAUGAAGAGCUGGGAAAGGAAGCAAGCGCAAUGUGCUUCGAGGCAAAACGACAGCAAUCAGAAUUUACACACGAACGAGGUGUACGGCACGCCCCUCGUCUGAUGGAGCCGAUCAUUGGGUCCCUCGUCGAGCCGAGAUUACGAUGAUACGAUGAUACGCAUAAGCGUCCCACCAAGGAAUCGCGGCUGGACCACGACCGGUUGGAUCGGCCUGGCCUUCUUGUUGGCCGGUCACGCCACCGCGCUUGGCCCGCUGGUCACUCGAGGACUCUUAAGUGACUGAAGUCGGUCCGCGAUUCGCGAACCAGUGAACUGAAUAAAAGGUGUGAAGAACGUAUGAUCGAUCGUGUAUACUGCUAUCCACGUGCCACGGUGCCCGAGAACUUCUCGUCGGCGCUACCGAUCGCGAGUGACCAUCGAGUUUAUUGGCGGUCGGUGACCUGCGAGAACAUUCCAGUUCCAUUCUCGUCGCGCAUCCGAUUUUUCAUUACGUAUAUAUAUAUGUAUACAUAUGUAUAUGUAUACAUAUAUAUAUAUAUAUAUCGUACUCGUCUCGCUGUAAAUAGACGUGUCGCGUGCUAUCCGCGAAAGUGAAACCGGAUGCUGAACGCCGCGAAAGGAGCACGAGGACAGCGGGACGAUCCUCGGCUCGGUAAAUUUCGAUACGGUUGCGCAAUCGCGCGGAGUGAUGUUCCUCGGGAGUGAAUGAACGAUACCUCUUGUGCCGAAGAAUCAUGAAUAAAGUCCUGAUUCCUCUCACACCUGGACCGAUCGAUGCUGCAUGGAGAAACGCGCAGUUUCCUUUCCUUGAACUUAUAAUUAAUUUUGUGAGAUGGGGGGAAUUUUAUGUGUACAUACGAUAUUGAAGCCUCAUUUACGGAAGACGACACAACAUUGAUCGUGAUAUCAUCGUGACCAAGAUACCGAUUGAUCGAUUACCGAACAUCAAUAUUAAGCGGUGCGUCAAAAGGAGAAUGGCGCGUUGAACUAACAGUUGUUUUCGCAUCCGGAAGAUAGAAACGAAGUCGAGAUGGAGCUUCCCUACGAUGAGGGUGGGAGCAUCGAUUGGAGAAUAGUCGCAAACGGCCCGCGAGGCUGAGAGGAAGCGGUGGCGUCAAACGAGAAAAGAAAGGUAAAACGUCGUGUUAGAAAGGAGAAAAGAAAAACGAAACGUGACCAACCGCGCGUUUACGACGUCACGCAGGUUACAUAUGAGAUUAUUAUCGGCUUUAGAGACCUUUAUGCGAGCCGCUGCUGCGCUGCUGCACUCGCGCGACGCUGGUUAGCUUUCCAUAUCACGUUCGCCGCUUUUGCGGCGCGCACACGCCUAUUUUCUACCUGCACCCUUCAGACCCACCCACUCAGCCCUCGUAUCCCUGCGCACCUCCGCGUUUUCCUUCAUUUUUCCCUUCAUAUAUCGCAUCUCGACGAUCGCGCGAGCUACUGCCUGUUAUCUUUUGUUUGGGAGAACCUUCGUGCCGUUCUGAUCAUCACCAUUAUUCUUCAUGUACCUACAUGAAACGCACAGCGAAAUGAGCACACGAUGACGCCGUGUUUUUAUCCCCGCAUAUUCGCAUUAUGUCGACAAAAGCGCGUCGUAUUCGCGUGUCGUUUCGUGUCGCGUGGAACCCUCGAAAAAAUCGACAUACUCCAGUUCGCGAGGAAUCACUACCACGAGUACCUUCAUGACGCGUCGUCAUCGUCGAGAACUAAACAUUCCCUCCCCGUUCCCUCCCUUCGAAUCAAGGUGCUACGCGGGUUUAUUUCCUUCAAAGGAAAUCGGUAAAACCCGUGGUUUCAGAUCCACGUUAUACGUUUCUUUCAAACGCACGUAACCCCGUCUGUUCUUGUUUUUUUUUAUCCGAUCCUUUCCUCACAGACACACACGCGCGUGCACGAGAGAAACGCGUUACGAGCGAUUAACGGCGAUCGUUAUGUACGCGCUCGUGCACUGUACAUAAUACCGGACUUGGUAGUCACGUGUACACAUUUUCCGCUUAGAUAAGUCUAAUAUUAGCGUAGAGGAUAUACAUAUUUGCUUAUAAGUUUUCGAUGAACAUGGCCGGAGAGAUCUCUCGUUGCAUCCUGCGGUAUCGCUGAGUAAACCGGAGUAACGACCGCCAACAAAACUAAACGCGGUGCUGGGGAACAUCGAGGCGAGCGAUCGUUUCGACGACUUCCGGACUUGAGGUUGCGCGGGCUAUCGGAGCUAUUGCAUUUUUUAUCCAUGGAACACGUACAUCCUUCGGCAUUGAAAAGCCUACAGCGCGCAACGUCCGUGAAGUCUGCUUCGCCCGAAAACUGAAAUUUUGGCAUAUUUGCUGUUAUAUUUGGUUUAUCUUAAGAUAUCAAAUAUUAUACAUUGAUUAUUAGAUACUUUUCUUUUUUAUUUUAGUACCGCUUAGCUUUCGUUACGUUCUGUUUCAUUAUAUCGCUCGAGAGCUUCUUUCGGACAUGGGAACGGGCGUUUCCGACUUCGUGAUUAUCUGUACAUAGAUAAUAGCGUUAUAUUUUUAUAAAAACGACAGAGAAGACUUACUGCUAAAAAGCAACGGUAUGAUUUUAAUCUAUUGUUAGUAUUUCGACUAUCCGCAUUCAGUCAAGUUGAUUGGCCACAAAAAAAUAUCUCUCGAUCUCUGAAUAAACAAAUGUUUUUCAACGAGAUGCAAACGAAUAUUUU